AUACACACACACACACAGUGACUUCAGGAACCUUAAUCAAUGACUUACCGAGCCGUCACAUCAUGCUCCACAGCUCCCCCUAGUGGUCCAUGCCUGGUGCAGUGUAUGAACGGUGGCAGCUGCUUCCUCAACGCCCACAAACAGCCCAAAUGUCGUUGUCAGCCCAACUACGGAGGGGAACGAUGUGAGAUCGACCAGUGCAGAGACUACUGCAAGAACGGAGGCACAUGCACACCGUCCCCUUCAGGAACUCCCACUUGUCGAUGCCUGACGGGCUUCACUGGACCAAACUGUAACCUGCACACGUGUAAGAAUUAUUGCAAGAAUGGAGGCAACUGCACAGUCAGUGCUGGGAAUCAGCCGUCCUGCCAGUGUCCUGCUGAGUUCCUGGGUGAAAAGUGCCAGUACAGUGAGU